AUUCCUACCGUAUUCUUUAAUCUGUGUUAACUGGGGUCCUCGGGUGGUGCUCUGCUGCAUUUAAAAUAGCUUACAAAUUAAAAAUAUUGUAAAAGGACUCCCAUAUGAUGUCUCUUUUGUAGACUUGAAUUUCUCAACUAUCUGAGAGUUAUUACGUUUCAUAACAUUGGUGAUAAAUAGUGCUAAUAAUUCAUGUCUAAAAACAUGAGCCAGUCUCGAGCUGAGAAUAUUUGCCAGACGGGUCAUCUGCGGGUGAUAUUGCCGUCGAAUUUAGACGCCACUAUGAACAUGCCCGCACCGUUUAUUGAUAUUAUAACCUCCAACUCUCAUGACAUCCCACCCCCACAAGUGGAUUUCUCUGCCCCACCACCAUAUGAUGUGGCUGCUAACUCCAAGCUGCCCACUUACGAGGAGGUGCAGCGUGAGAAACAGAUGGAAGGGGAUGGACCGAUUCAGAUGACAGCGCCUCCUCCCCGUCACUCGACGAUCACGGCCUUCGUAACUGUGGAGCCCCCUGAGUCCUCAACUGAUCAUCUUGACCCAGAGAAUAGCCUUCUCGGAACUGAUGUCAUGUUCUUGACAUCCUUCUUUGUUGCAUUCCUGUUCAACUGGAUUGGGUUCCUGCUACUGAUGUGUUUCUGCCACACUGUGGCUAGCCGCUACGGGGCACUUGCAGGCUUCGGCCUCUCCCUCGCCAAGUGGACCCUCAUCGUGAAGCACUCCACUGAGCUGGCUUCUCAUGAGAACUCAUGGCUGUGGUGGCUUAUCAUGGCCUUUGGUAUCUUGAUCUGCGUGCGCGCAGUCAUCCAGUACCUGAACAUCAAGCGCGGCUGGCGUCUCCUCUCCGGUACUGCGCAAGAGAGACUUCUCUUCUUCUACUAAACUUCUCUAUCUCACACCUCCUUGUAUACUGCGACAUGCGCGAGUGAGAUUCCUCUCUCUCUAAACUCUUGUCACUUUGCCUUAAGGUUCUUGAAACUUGAGAUAUUUUCAAAGUGAGUAGAGUUUUUUCUUGUAUGGAAUGUUUAUGGUGUCUAUUAUUUGCUUAUAGCAUAUCGAAGUAACAUUAUUUUGUAUUACUAUAACCUUUCGUAUAUUGUAUAAAAUCUAAUUUAUUUGAUAUACAGGUUGUUCU